CAUUUUAAACCGCCUUUCCUCGCUAGAUGGUGUGCAAGCCACUGGAGAGUACACUUCCCCGCACAGUGGACUCACAGCAUCGAACGAACCCGGGACAACUCAACACUCGUCCGUAGUCGGUUGCGUGGAGCGUGGAAAUAAAGACUUUCUCUUCAUAUUCGCUCCGAAUUUUCGCAAGACUUGGGCAAGAGCGGCGGCUACGUCCAGUUGUGACGGACACGAUGAUUGCGCUGUCGGAUGCUUGUUUCUCUGGUCAGUGGCUAAGUGCGAUCCUCCUCAUCUUGGGCUGCCUCCUAUCGCCCUGCUUGCCCGCCGGACAAACUGUGGACUAUUCCUCCGUGGAAAGUGUGGUCAGCAGGCAAGGCGAUACGGCUCUCCUCAGGUGCUACCUGUUGGAUGGGAUCUCAAAAGGAGCUUGGCUGAACCGCUCAAGCAUCAUUUUUGCAGGAAAUGACCAGUGGUCCGCAGACCCGCGUGUGUCUAUUGUGUCCAGCGUUGGAGACAAGCACGAGUACAGCCUUCAGAUUCAGAAGGUGGAUGUAUCAGACGAUGGCCAGUACACGUGCUCAAUUCAAAGCGAGCGCAACCCACGGCCUAAACUUCUCAACCUCAUUGUAAAAGUUCCUCCCAAGAUACAUGAUAUUUCCUCUGACAUCACGGUAAACGAGGGCAGCAACGUGUCGCUCGUCUGCAUGGCCAGCGGGAAACCUGAGCCAGCCAUUUCCUGGAGACACAUAACCCCAUUAGCCAGGAAGUAUGACAGCGGUGAAUAUCUCAACAUCACUGGCAUCACAAGGGACCAAGCUGGAGACUAUGAAUGCAGCGCUUUAAAUGACAUCGCCUCUCCUGACACCAAAACAGUAAAAGUCACAGUCAACUUUGCCCCAUCCAUCCAUGAGAUGAAGAGCCAUGGUGUUAGUUUGGGACGCACAGCUCUGCUGAGGUGUGAGGCAGCUGCUGUGCCUUCGCCAACAUUUGAGUGGUUCAAAGGGGAGAAAAGGAUUAUCAAGGGCCAGGGCAUCGACAUCAAGAGCCUCAGUUCCAGAUCAGUUCUAACAGUGACCAACAUGACAGAGGAUCGUUACGGGAACUACACGUGUGUUGCUACCAAUAAACUUGGGACCGCUAAUGCCAGUGUGCCUCUUAUCCCAAUUAUUGAACCCACCACCACUAGUGCUGUCUCAAGGCCAGCUCCCAACACUGCGCCCUAUGGGAGUACAGGAAGUGCGCACGUCCCGAUGGCCUGCCGGUACCUGGUCCUGGCUCUGACCACCUUGAUGGUGGCGUACUAACGGCGGAGCGGCGAGCAAAAUGACUGUCGAGAGCAUUUACGAGUCUUUGGUGGCAUCACCCAUGACUGGAUUCCAAUCGGGAGGAGUUUGUCGCAAGGCAAAGAGUGGAAAAUAUUCAUUAUUUUUUCGGUUUUUGUCAUGGUGAACUUCAUGUAAAUAGUAUUUGUUGUUUACUUUCUUUGCGUUUUUUUUUUAUUUUUUGAUUGAUGGAUGAAAUCAGCCCCUCCCGCUCCCUGGCAUCCAAUCAUAUCAAACGCUCAGCUUCACUUACUCUGUUUAUCUUGUCUCAUGACUAUAACAAAACAACUGUGCCAAUUCUAGUCUCUCAGUGCGGAUUAUUACCAUAACAAUGUUCUUUUGAAUGUAUUGUAGGUAGCUGAAUGGAAGGAAAAUCUCAGUUGACUGUAAAAAAAAAAAAUAUUCAAAAGCAGUAGUCACCUCAUUUUGUUUGUGUUUCAUUAGUGUGCCUGUUUAACAGCUUCAAUCAGGUAGGCAAAGUAGAAAAGUCACCCGUCACAUAUCUUUAUCUGAACAAACUUUUUUUUUCUUUAUUUGGACUUCAAUCAUAUGACAAUGUACAGAUGAUGGCCCCGUUUACCCUUCACAGGUAUAAAUGUUUGUCACAUUUCUUUCAGAUUUGUUUCUGUUGUGAGGAAAAGCCGAGCUCACGUGCUUUGCUCAUAUCUUGGAAGUUUCAAUGGUCCAUUGUUUGCAUUUCGGGAGAGUGACUCACUCCUCUGUCUUUUACAAAAGAGUUCUUUCAAAAAUGGAUCUCAAAAUGGAUAGAUACCUAACAAUGUUGUUGCACUUGAAAUUGUUACGGUAUCUGCCACUUUCAAGAGUGCCAUGGAGUCAGAAAGUGGUCGUUUAGAUUCGAUGAAAUGCGACCCCAAAACGUUUCAGCAGAAAAGAAUAUUGUGUGUGUGAGUCGUUAAUUUUAUUUAAAAAAAACAAAAAAACGAAACAGCCUAUUUUGGGGCAGACGGAAUGAGAUAUACACUGUAUAGAUUAUAUAUAUCAACAUGCACAUUAACAUGCACCACCGGUUGUAUGAAAUAGCUAUUUCUAACAUAGACAAUAAAUAUAGGCUAAUAUCGUUUAUAAAGCGUGUUAGUGGGCACCGCCAUAAAUGUGACAUCAAACUACUGCAUCCUGUGCAGUAAGAAAACAUGGCUUUGCCCCGGUUUGACAACUUGGAUCUUCGAUUUUGGUUUCCAAUUUUCCCAGUUCUCCGUAAUGCAGUAUUUGUACCAAACCAACUCUGUCAUUGCCACACUUUUUUUUUUCAUAAAUAAGCUUAAACAUCGCAGAAAACGUUCUCCUAAGGUACAUGUGAUUUCUAGAAAAGUAAUUAUCUUUCAAACUUGCUGACUUUUCAAUCCAAGUAUUUGCCAUGUUAGCUGCGGAAAACUGCUUAGCAAUCAAGCUUGAAUCAUCCACAGACGAAAUGAGCGUCCAUCGCACGAAAACAAGCGUUCUAUUUUUCUUCAUUUUGUAAACUGAACCUGGUGACUUCUGACUUUCAGUAUACGGCAUAAUCAUCCUCCGGUAUCUAUCGAUCUACAAUGUAAGAAGAUACUGCAAUGCCUUAAUAGUAACGUAAGUAAAAUACUCACUGAAAGACUUUUAGACAAGCCACUAAAUGUUUGUUUGACAUACUGUAUUCUUGAAUGUUCCAUCCGAUCAGAGAGUGCAAAUCAUUCAAUUGGGCGCAAAUUGAAAAGAACAUUUAACUGAGUUGCCGUCAUGUCAAACUCCCAAUAUGCUCACAUGAACUUGAAACUGCAAAUCUUCUAGCGAAAUAGCCAUGGCAGUUAAAAGACUUUAAAGCACAAACACUGUUAUUGCUUCUAUGUUUGGUUUUGUGGUGAUUUAUUUUUAUUGUAGGCUUGUUAAACAAAUGAAAAAAAAAGUGAAAAGAGAAAUUCUGCACCAUAUGGUCUUGUUUAAAUGUUAAUCUACAACGAACAAUGAGUGAGGAAUAUAUUUAUUCACUUCCUUUAUAAAAACAAUGUAUAAAAGUACAUUUGAAACAACCGGUUAUGUGACACUUGUUGGAUUUGAAUGGGCAUACAAUGGCAUUGAUUGAGGUGUCAUGACUGUCCGGGGGAUUUAUUUGUCGAGUAAAAGAACAAAUGUUUGCAAUCAAUUGAGUUCCUUUUUGAAGUGUGAAGAGGGCGUGCACCAAUAUAACAGUAUUAUAGAACAGAUUCAGUGUGUGUGUGUGUUUAUAUGUGGAGAAAAAUACAGAUACAUGUGUAUCGUUAGAGCCAGUGUGUGUCGUCCUAGUUUUCACACACUUGAGUGUUUGACGUGCAGAGUGUGCUUGUGAUGCAUGUCGACAUGAAAAAUCCACCAUUUCAUUUUUUUCAAUGCUUUUUUUUUUAAAUCACAGUCGCCUAUCAUCUAUCCUGUGGAUUUUUUUUGUGGCCUAUUUGAGGACAGCCUGAAAUUUUGGUGGCAUUUGUCACCUGCUAGUGAAGUGGUGCCUUGAGAUACGCAUGACCUGACUUUCAAGUACUUAAAAUACUAUGUAUUUAUUUUGCUUUGACUCAACUUAGUUCACUUCACAACCUGCCGUAGCUUGGCAAAGAACAAUUCUCCCCUACCCCCCAAAAAAAGAACCUUCAAAUUGUUGCCACUCCCAGUUGCCUUUAAAUCAGAUAGCUUACGUAAUCAUAAUUCAUAGUGGGAAUGAAAGAUGGUUUUAAAAAAAAAUGCUGAUACGUGGUGCUGUUUUAGAGAAUGUAUAUUCGACCACAAACUGUGGCAAAACACAUGUAGAGUGACAAUAUAACAAAAUUCACAAGUAUGCAUUCUUAAUCCUCUGCGAAAAAUGACUAAAAUUACUCUAUUAUAGUGAUUCACUUACAAUGUUUGACUGAAACCUCGCCUGUAUCACUGUAUUAAACUGUUGCCCGGUGGUCAAGGUACUGACACCGAAACUUGACAUUCAAUUUAAUGUUCCUACCGUGUUUUUAUAAAGUACAAUUUUCCUCGUUGGCUAGAAGCAAUUACUGGCUUUUCAGUUCAUUUUAAUGAGGAAAAAUGAUUAUUUAAUUUGAGUGCUUUGAGUUACCAGUGUUUUCACGCAAUGAAUUAAACUCAUAUCUCAAGGCACCACUGUAUACCACAUCAAAUGUACUGGAUGUUGAAUAUUAGGGGAGGAAAAAUGGCAUAAACAAUUCCCUUCUAUUCAUUCGAUCUUAUUUGCAAUUACAGCCUUCACGUUCUGACACUUAAACCCAUACGCGAGCUCAUGAACGCUCAUUGGGGUUAGUCCCUGUGUAGCUGCUGAGUCAUGAUUAUUGUGGCAUAUCAUGCACAUUUGUUGGCCCUUGAACGCGUUGUGCAAAUACUCGGCUGAGCUCAGAUGGGUAGAUGCCACGGUGCACACAGCAUAUAAGGAUUAUCCUGCUUUUGCGCCCGCCGUCCUUUUUGACUGCGCUGUUGCAAGCUAAAUCUUCUGGCUUAUUUACAAACAUAAAACACGGUUCAUUUCAUCCCUGAAUGCAUCGAGGGGUGGUUCGGUUUGGACUUUGUUUGCACAAACUAGAAUCACAUCAUGUUGAACUCCCGAUGUGCUUCAACAGGCUGUUUCAUGAUUAUCUUCAGUCCAAAUUAAAAUGUUGAUUCACAAGUGGGAAGCUCACUGCCUCACCUCCCCGCUGACAUAAAAAAAAUCACCUGAUUUAAAUAAACCCUUGCAUCUAUAGCAACCCCACGCUUGAGGUUUGAAAUGACUCCAUGAUUCUGGAUCCAACUGAUGCGUUCAUAUCCAUAGAAGCCACUCCAUGCUACUCCUGGGAUCUAAGAAGUACUGUACUAAAUGUGCCUUCAAAGUAUUUGUCAAACACCACAGUGGCAAAAGGUGACCUUUAAUUUGAGCCGCAUUUACAUUCAGCAGUAUUAUUUUACUUUGGGAAAUAUCAAUCAAGCUUGUGUUUUCCGGGGAAUGGGCAUGCUAAUUGAUUAAUAGAUCUUGAAAAUUUGGCCAAUGGGGUGGAAUGUGAGACAAAAUGUAGUGCACUCCUUGGAUGCAAGCAGCAGAGGUGUUGGUGAUUCCAUCACUAGGUUGCUAUCAAAAGAAGCCCAAUGUGAUGUCAGCUAUUGUGAGUUAAUUAAGCUACGUACGGAUGAUGUAGCACAAUUCCCGAGUAGCACUAUUCUAGCAUUGAAACAGAAGCAUAGAACAUUUACCAGUAGAUUUCCUGUUAAAAAAAAAAUCAUAAUAAUAAUAAAAAUAGCGUUGUGUACUGACAUAAAGUUCUAGCAGGCAACUAGCGGUGUGCUUAGCUUCGCCCUGCACUAGCCUACUGUGCUAAUGCUUCGCUGAGAAAUGGGCCGGUAUUGUUUAUUUCUUAUUUUGUGGCAAUGGAAAUGUACAAAAUAAUAAAUAAAAUAGCAUAGCGAUCAGAACCGCACUAUUGGUUGGAAAAAGUAAAGCUUCAGAAAUUUGCUACUUGCUAAAAUCCAAAUUAAAGUUAUUAUGUGCAAUCUUGUACUCGCGACUUUCACUGGUAACGGGCAGAAUUAUUUACACACACAUUCUAUUUUUCUUUUUUUAAUCCAUUCACAUGUUUGUGCGAUAACAUCAUAAUUAUGUUUCCCUUUAAUUGUAGCCAGAAAUGUACUUCACAUUGACCUUUGAGGACCUGACAAAAUCACUUAAGGGAGCAAAAGAAGAGAUGAAGUUGCACUUUUCUUAAAUUGGACUGCCUUUUCAUCAUGUUGACUUUCCAUAUUAUGCGACUCCAAAUUCCAUGCACUGCAUUUGUUGCCCUCAAUAUGUAAGAGAUGCAGGGUUCAACUCCUUCUUUGACGCACAUUUCUUUUUGCUUUUAAAGUAAUAGACACAAUCUGACAGUUAGCUUCCGCGCAGCUGCAAUAAAACAACUGAACUAAACAAUUCUUCUUGGAAGCAACCGAUUUCAACAAUCAGCAACACCUCUACCAGUUAGAAUGCAUCUAUCGUAGAGUUACAAUGUGCGGCGAUGAGAUUGCACUCGAGUGCUACGUGAAGAACUGACAAACAGCACACGCAACGUGUGGCAUUAGUGUUUACAAAAAGACUAUUAGGGCCACACAAAACAUAAAUGUAUAUAAGUGAUAAUAGUAAGGUUUGGUUUCUCUGUGUGUGUGCGUGUUCAUCAGUGCUACUGGGGGCCACAUUGAGCAACACACUUCCUAAUGAGAUGUAGAACAAAAAUUAUAUUUUAAAAAUGAAGAAAAUGUAUGCAUACCUGCAAAAUAUGUACUCGUAAUAGAGCUCAUUUUUGAUCCUACAUUUUUCAAUGCAUGUAUAAAAACUCUACUGUCCUCACCCAACAGCAAAGGGUUUGAAGCAAACAAAAACCACAUACUAUUUAUCCCCAGAUCAAAAGGCUCCCCUCCAUAAAAAGGCCAUUGAAAGAGAGUACAAAACUGCUCAACAGGAAACCAACAUUAAUUGCAAGAACUCACAUAUUUUUGGACAAAAAUACACUCACUCACAAUUGUAAAGUUACUGAGUUUCUAUGUUUCUUCUUGAUAUCGUUCCAAAGCCGUAAAUAUAUAUUAUAUAUAUAAUUUGGCCUACUCACGUUGUAGUAUAAGGCAGCACAAGACCCAGUGUAAGCACAACAAAGACACGUCUGCCAUCUACUGGUGAAUGUUUAUAUUACAACUUAAAGAUACAGUUGACCACUGCAUAGUUGCACUUGGGCCAUGGAUUCUCAUAUUUGCAGACAUUUGUAUUUUUUUAAAUAGUUUUUCAUAUUUUGGAUUUUUGUCAUUUUUUCCGUGGGCCACAAGUUAUCGAUAGAUAGAUAAAUAGAUUGAUUGUUCUCAGACGGUUGUUUAACACCAAACCUUACUAUUACUACUUUUAAAACUACACGCGCACACACACACACACACACACCCGCACACACACAUACACACACACACACACACACAUAGAGAGAGAGAGAGAGUUUGAUUCCUACAUCGCAUCAUUUGAUUUUAUUUUAUUUUGUGACUUUUUCCUCAUAAAAAUAAUUUUCUUUUCUCAAAAUAUUACUUAUUUUUUCUCUCGUAGUGUCCUUAAUUUAUUUGUAAACUUUUUUUUUCAGUGUGGGCCCCAAUGCUUUGUCAUAGCGCUCAAAUGAAUACAUAUAUUCAAUGUUAUCGUGAUUUGACACCCCUACUGCUCACUUCAGGAUGAUUUAAAUAUGUGUUGACCUGAAGGCAAAUUAGGCACCGUGCAGCUGCAUGGUGCUUUUAUUUAUUAUUUGUAAUUCGGUUUUUAUUAUUAUUUGGGUUUUGUUUUUUUAAUGGAGGGGGGUUGGCUGUGCUGUUCAUGAACUACCUUCCUCCUAUGUAACUUUAAUUUGGAGAUAUGUUGUUCCAUUCUGCCAUCUGAUUCUCUGCGGCAGUUACAUUGCACCACUGUGAGCAGCACAGUUGUGAACCAGAGUUGUGAACCUCAAAAGAACAACUCAAACACACUCGCAUUCACUUGCUGGAUGUAUUUUUCACACGGCAGUCUUCCUGUCAAACACAUGGGGAAGACAAAAUGAACUUUGCCCAUGUCCUAGAAAAAACAAUUGGUAAAACGCCCCCA